UUUUUUAUCAAAUGUUAUUAUUGUUUCAGGAUAGUCGGAUGAAAAGGUAGACCGCCUGAGAAGAAGAUAACAUGAGGUUCUCGGCGAGGUUACAUUUGCUGACUUGCCUGGUGGUGUACGCGUCAUGCGCACACGCAAUCAUGGUGAAGUUCGGCACGAAGGACGGGCCCAUCGAGCCACCGCCGCCGGAGCGGCAGCUACCGCCCGUGCAGCCCUUCCGCGUCCCGGCGCCCGUGUGGGAGGAACGAUCUAACGACACGCCCGACCCUAACGCUCAAUGGCGGCCUCAACACUUCAUACCGCAGCCGAGAUAUACUCAGGUAGUCUACUCUCCGCAGCCUCUAAACAACGCGCAACGAUUCGUCAACUCGUAUAUACCAAUACGUCAACCCGUACAAGCCCAACCAAUUCGACCUCAGGACUACUUCACACCUUCUCAGGUCUUGAGUUCACAAAGUCUACCUGGCUUCGGUCUGAGAUACUUCCUUCCUACUUACAACCCUGAUGACCAACCUAAACAAGCUAAGCAAGAAGAUGCUAAAUUAAACGCAAUAGAUGCUAAUACUCUAAAUGAUAGAAGAGACUCGUCCAAUGAUCUACAAUGGCAGUUCGAAAAGGAUGUAACUAAGAGGAACACAAGAAACACGCAAGAGGCAGCGGUUCCCUACGUCUACCAGUUCCCAGCUCACGUGUCUCGGCAUCAGUAAUAAACUAAUCCUAGCAAUAAGUUUUAUCAGUAGGUAUCAUCGCAGUUCUAUUGAAUUAAAAAGAAAAUGUCAGUAAAACUUGUAACUUUGCGAUUUUGAUUUCAUGCCGUGUAGAAAAUUCCUUCUCAGUCCAUUUUUAAAAGGUUAUUUUUAAAUCUGAUUUGUAAUUAUUAUCAAGUUACGUGAUAGAAAGGUGUUUUUCAUAAUUAUUAUACAGUCAACGUAAACGCUUCGUGAAGCAUUAAGUACAUAAUAAUACAUUUAUUUGAAAGCCAUCUCAUUGAUAUCAGGAUCGCAAAGUAGAGAGCUUAAUACUGUGAUGUCAUUAGAUUGUAUUGUAGUGUUAGAUAAAAGUGCCAGAAGAUAAAGUAUUUUAUAACGCUAACGCGUUAU